AUGACUGCUCACAGACCAUCCAACACACAACAUCCUCAUUCACACUCGAGCGAUGACAUGCUGAAGCGAAAGAGGGGUCCAAUCAACAAACGUGCGUGCGAGAGAUGCCGUCAAGGUAAAGUACGCUGUGACGGGAAUGCAGAAACACUGAAGCCUUGUUCCAAUUGUAUACCGGAUCAAUGCGUUUAUGAUCAAUCACCCAGAAAAAACAAACAGCUCGAACACAUGAAACAAAAGCUAGACAACACAGAAAGUAAUUUAAAAGAGCAAAAGAAACAGAUCGUGGAUCAACAUGCAACUAUAAGAAUUUUGCAGCUUGAGAAAAAAAUCAUGGGAAUGUUAGCCGAGUCUGCUAACCAAUAUCUCAAUGACAAGCAAGUUUUCCAAACUUUACAUAAAGCAGUUUCUGAAUCGAGAGUAUUUGAGAAUAUUCUGUUUCUAAUUGAAGAAUGUUUGGGACGACUCAACAAACCAGACGAGCAGUACAGUGCAGUGAUAGAUUCCCUCAAACACGUUGCUGCAGCCACUGCUAAUCUUCCGCCUGAAGUAAGCAUCGACGUAGCGCUUGGUAAACGCAACGCCUACGUUAACAUUGCAGCAGACAUUGACUCGAGUUACCGCAAUUAUCUGGCAACACCGAGUGAUCAAAGAAAUGCGGCGAUUCAAGUUCAUUUUCCAAAUUCUGAUGAAAGCAAGAAAGAGCCGGCUGACAGCAUCGACCAGGAUGUAAUAAUGAACACUUUGGGGAUCAGCAGUAGAAAUGUAGACACUCUAUCUAGUAAUUCUAACGCAAUGAGAAUAGAAACGGUGGUUUCGCCCGUAGAUAUUAUGUCCCGGUCACCAUCAGAUUGCUGCACACCAUCACCGCAGACCAGUUUUCCGUUUGAAAAUUCUGUGAUUUCUCCUAUCGAGCUACUAUCGAACGUGGACAAUAAAUUCUAUCCUCAAAAUUCAUACCUGAGUGCACCAUACCCAUCAUCUGGAUCUUCCACUGCUUCCACAGAGUACUCUUGGAUUUUCAAUGAUGCAUUCGUAACGUUUGAGUAA